GUGGGGCAGCCGCGGGACCGAAGCGGAUGACCGUGCGGAGCCGGGCCGCGGGGCGAGAGGCGUUGCGCGGGGACUUGAGCGUUGGACAAGGGCUGCUCGCCGGCGGCAGGCCCGGCGCCAGUACCGGGCUGGCGGCGGCUUCGCUAUCCCCACGGCGGGGGGAGGCAUAAUAAAGCAGUGAAAAGAAUCUGAAGGAAGUAUUACCUGUCUUACUUAUCAGAAAUCUGUUUCUGAAGUAUUUGGACAAACUACAUAUAUAUAUGUAGUAAAAUCUAAAAAGCUUGAAAGCGUGCGGAGAGCAUGGGUUAUGAUAUCGAGCGUUUCGUUGGCUACGUUAAUGAAGGGCUGUUAUGCUCCAUCUGCCGUGAUGUGUUAGAAGAUCCGUUACAGGCUCCUUGUGAACACGCUUUUUGUACCGCGUGUAUACACGUGUGGCUUGUGCAUCACAGUAACUGCCCUGAAGACAGACAAAUGAUUGACGUAUCUUUGCUACGACCUCUCUACAGAUAUAUGAAAAAUGAUUUAAACCGUCUUCAGCUCCGUUGCAAAAACAGAGAGUAUGGUUGUGAAAUGGUUUGUUCUCUGGAGUCUAUAGACAGGCAUGAAAGGGAGUGUGAAUACAGUCAGAUACCUUGCUCCAAUGCUGGUUGUACAGUUCAGAUCGAGCGACGUAACUUAGAUGGUCACCUGGCAGUGUGUGAAUAUCGGAGCCGCGAAUGCCCCAAUGGUUGUGGUUACACCAUUCUCAGUGCAGAAGACACGCAGCAUAAUUGUGUGGCAGAGCUAAGAACAGAGCUAGAACUACUUCGGUCAGAAAUGAUCUGCAGAGUGGAGGAGGCAAAACAUGAGAUGGAGUCAAGGUUAGAUUCACAGAGAAGACAUAUGGUCCAAAAAGAGAGUAUUCUGCAAAAUGAAAUUGAAGAACUAAAGAGUCAGAUGUCACGAGUGAUGUCAGAUGUUCGCUCUCUGAUGGCUGCAGAGAGACAGCACCGUCAGGAGCUGGAGCAGGCAGAGCUGGAAAAACGGGAAUUAAUGGAGCUGCUGAGGGGGCUGCAGAAGGACUGUCGAUUAACUACUACAGAAGGAAGCAGAAAGUCAACAAAUUUCCGCCCUCUGACACGACUAGAGAGUGUAAAACGGAAACCUAGGGAGGUUACAGUUAUCUAAACAGAAGUAAGGUCAAAAAGCAUUUUCUUCUCAUUUCUGUGACCAUCUGGCAAACUUUUCCACUUUCUGUGAAUGAUUGUUUAACUUUAUACCAUUUCCGAUUUAUUUGUUUUCUUUUAAAAUCUAGGUUACGAUUUUAUUUCCUAUUGGGGCAUAAAACCAAAUGGGUGAAUUUUCUCUUGGGGAACUAGGCAUUAAAACCAGUAAUUGGCAAAUACAUUUUUAGCUAAGGUUUUUAUAAAAAGGGGGAAGGAGACUUGAUUUGUUAUCUCUUCAGUGCAUCAUUUAUAGGAGUCUUUCAAGCCUGAAAGCUAGAGCCCUUUAUAGUCCGAGAUACUGUAAUGUUGUUUCCUUCCCAGUCCAUUAUAAUCCAUUUAAGUCUAGUUUAUGCUUAUCUUUGAAACAGAAAAAAUAUGAUCAUCAGUAAUGACACGUGGGAUGUACUUAAUUUUGGGAAAAGUCAGUAAUAGAAUUAGUAAGUCACUAAUAGAAUUUAAUAGAUUUUGUUUGUUUAUAGUCUGUCGAAGGUCUAUUUCAAAGGUGGAAAGAAAGCACUUUAAAUUGUAAUUCUACUAUGUAACAGCUUCAGGUGAGGUUGACUUUUAGUUAGAGCUUCUCUAAUUUCCCAGGUUGCUACACACUUAGGAGACUAAUACCAAAGUCCAAGGUAGUAGUCAUCUGGAACCUUUUACAUAGAUGUGUGAGUGACUUGGAGCUUGCAGGAAGGGAUCUGCAUUUUAUUUAAAAGUCUGAAGCUUUUGUAUGUGAAAGUAUCAACUAUUUCUACAGGGUCCUUUAAGCUUAAGACCAGCCCACUCGGUACUCAAUAUCUUUAAAGCAUAUGUAAAUACCUAGAGAAUCCUUAAUUUUCUUUUGGCAGGUUUAAGGCUACUUGAACAUUAAUAUCCACAACAGACGAAUAUUUGCACAGUCAUUUGAACUUUGGACAUCUUUAUUAGUACUCAAGUUUGUAAUUGUGUAAGAGCUAGGAUUCUUUAACAGACCCACAAAUACUGAAUCAAGGGGGCAUUUAUCUAUAAGGACUGCAUGAGAAAUCUGUACAGUUCGAAGACUUUUCUUUCAACUUCUCACACAGCCUGUUCAUGUUGUUUUCAGUGGUAUAACUAAGCCAUAUCUUGUCCGUUGCCGCUCUUCAGUGGAGUAACUGGGGAAGAACCUGGCCUCCUCUUUGCUGAAUGUGGUUCAUCAGUUUUGAACCUUCAGGAAAAUGUGUGCAGGUGCAACAAUCUGAAUAAGCUAAUUUUAUAGUUUAAAAAGCAAAUACAUCACUGUGCAUGCCUUGCUGUCACUCAGAGCAAUGUUUUUAUGGCUAACAGCAUAACCAAAGAGAGAGGCAGCAACCUUCUUUAGCCCAUGCGCUACAUUAUGAAGACUUGCUGUCAGAGCUGUCUUAAUUUCAGGCAUUAAUAAAUCUUUCUAACUUGCUGUUUCUUUAGUACCACUGAAGCAGAUGUGCGCAUAUUCAGGUCUUGUGCAUUUAAAAACUGACAGAAAUAACUCUUCUGUAAAAGAUUUUUUUUUUUUUUUUCCCAAAAGAAAACAUUCAUAGGAAGAGUUAUGCCCACAUAUUUACUUGUUUUCAGUCCUUAUAUUCUAGAUUAAAUUACAAUCAUUGACAGUAUUUAGGUUGCUAUAGCUGUCUCACCAACUCAUGACAUAGCACAUCUCUUAAUAAGCAGCCAAAUUUAACAAUCUGAAACAGUAAAACAGUAGCUGUAGUUUGGGAAGACCUUCAGUCACACUAAACAUUCAGUGGUCGAGUCACAUACAUCAGUGUGUGCAUAUUAAAGCUGUAGGUAGAAAGUAAGAAUGUUUUUAUUAUCUUGUGUUCUAAAUAAGCAAGUUGUUAGUGUCUGUGGUCUGUGAGACUAUUUCAGCAUUAACACUAAUUUUUAAGCUUCCUGGCAACACCAGAUGUCAUGCUAUUAGACUCAAUCAGUGCUUUUCUGUGUACUGUAACUGUGUGGUUCUGUGAUGUGACUUUAUCUACUUUGCUUAAUGUAAAAGAACAAAGUGACUUCAAAAUCCUAUAGAACUCAGAUGAGCUGGAUCAUCUUUCCCAAGUUCAAGAGCAGUAAAGAUCACCCAAUCUUUGCUGUUCUCACCACAGAAAAAAGGCAACUUAAUAGUUGCUCGGUGCUUUCUCCGUAAUGGGAUGUCUGCAUUUGUUUGUUUUAGGAAUUUCACCCACUUAUUUAUGACUGAAUUCCUUCUAGUAUAGGAAAUAGGGUUUAUUUAAUAUUUACUUAGCAUUUGGUCUGCUAAGUGACAGACAUGAAACUGCGUGAAGCACAACCUUUGUAGCUUCUAGUUGCCACCUCUGGAAGGUCCGAACUUCAAGCGUUGAAAUUAGGCAACACUUCGGGCCCACCUGCUGCUGGAAUAACCUGUCAGCUUGGGUUUCCUUUGGCAGCAACGAAGCACUUGCAGAGAUAUUUUCAAUGGGCACAUAAUAGCAUCAGAUCCCUCCAGUAACUUCAAGCUUAAUCCCAUUCCUCUGUGCUAACUGUUCUGCAUUUAAGAUUUUCCUCUGCUAAUGAACCACUCACAGCGUGGCGUAUGCUGAAGUAUCAUCAUUUUACCUGUCUUACAAUUAACUAGGGUGAAAUUAAAUAGCCCAUUAUGGUGAUAUUCUAUCUAUCUACUUUAAGUUUUCCAACCUCAUGCAUUACACAGCUCUUAAUAGCAGCUGGCAGAAGCAAGGGUUUUUUUUUUUUCUUUCUUUCAAAUAGUCCAUAUAUCCUUUUUAUAAAAAUUAAGGGUCCAAGCAUUGUAGUAGACUUGGUGUAAGUGAAGGCAUUCAGUUGGAAAUGCUACUUCCCUAGUCAUGAUCAUAUUUUAGGAUUAUAUGAGAGACACGGCUAAAAGUGCAUUACAGGAGGGCUCCAGCACUGCGUUACUGGCAUUAGUAUUCUCGUACUAAAUCACACUUUAAUCGGUUCCAUUUCCUCACAAGUGGAACUGUGCUGAGAGCAAGUGGAACUGUUACUCAAGUGGACCAGUAACCGUGCAAACAAUUGUAUUUUUAGUUGUUUCUAAUAGCACUUUGCAGCUAGAAGAGGGAGAGCAAAGGGUGCAGAGCCAGGAGAGGGGAGAGAAAGAAUUAAGUGUGGUCCUGCCCCCUUCCCUCAGCCCGAGAGCAACGAUGCAGCUGCACCAGCCUCUGCCACCAGCGUGAGCUGCUAGCUUGUGGCAUUACAAUUAACAUAGCAUUAGAAUUAAAAGGAGAUUAAAUCUUUAUCCACAGUUAAGUGGGUACAGAAUGUAAUAGUACCAAACCUGGGAGAUUCAGAAACAAAACUCGGAGCAAGCUGUCAGGUAACGUACGUGAGACUACAAGGAAUUAGGAGUUGAGCAAAUCCUUGUCCUACACUAGAUUGGGUGGAAAGGAGUAACACUAAGGAGGUCUUUGAAGCAAUCAAUAUUUUAAAGCAAAUGGUAAGUUUGUCUUUGAAAGAAAAUCAACAUUUACAAACUGAUGUUGAAAAGCCAGGAGGCCAGUUACAAAUACAUGUAAACUAAUUCCCUUAAACUGACCUUUUCCACUUGAAAGGUCAAAUUGAAGACAAAAUAGUUUCUUCCAUUUCUGGCAGCAUUAAAGUUGCAUUUCUUGUUCUCCUGAACUCCUUCCAAGGCAAAAAAUUGUUGGUGUGGCCAGCAUGGACCAUUGCUGCUAGGAUUGCUUUAUUUAGAGCAGGAACAGUAACUCUGGGGAGAGGUUCCCAUAGUUCUAGAUGAGUUUCAACAAAAGGCAUGGAACUGAGAACCGUGCAUCUGCGUCAGGUGUGGCAGUGGCAAGAAAGAAUUUUGCUGUACUUCUAAUAAAGGUGGCAGGUUUUAGUUAAUAUGAAUCUAGUACUAGAUUAACACUCUCAGAUAAAUUAAUUUAGUAGCACGCAUCUACAAGAGUUUCUUGUCAACACAAAAGGGAAUGGUAUUACACAAGCAAAAUACAUAAUAGUGUGAAAUAUUUUGACUGGCCACGCGUGGUUUUAUCUCAAAUGUUCUUAGGUGUUUUUAAGAAGCUUAAUGUAUUAAUAGAUCCCAGGUGGCAAACAGUUCCUAAAAUUUUUAGAAAUGGGCCUUGCAAAUCAAGUUUUCCGGGUGCUGUCUUCUCGGCUGGUUCUGGCAUGGUGCUUUUCUACAGCCAUUUUACUCAGAAGUGCUGGACAGUAUUUAAAAGGAGCAGUACUAGCCUUGCCUUUCUCCUGUAUUGCUCGUUGAAUGAGGUAGGGUAGGUCAGGGAGAUUUUACCACACAGAUAGAUGCCUUUAUAAAGACCUACAAUUCUAUGCAACUUUCUAUUAACAAAUAAACAUUGAACUGUCUUCCAGCAUUAUGGUUCACUGCCGAAUCUAUUUACAUUUUCUACCUUUAUAUACACAAGAAGGAUAAACCAGUGCUUAACAGAUCUUAAUCUCUAGUCUGUAAAAGAAACGGGAAUGCUAUUUGUAUCUCUUUAAAGUACACUUUGUACAAAAGCUGAACUAAUAAAGGGUCUAUACCAUAA